CUGAUCGCACCAAAAUUGCGAUCAAAUUUAUACAAAAUGCGACCACAUACAGUUGUCGCUUUAGUGGUUAUUUCUUUAAUUGGCCUCGGCCAGGGCAGUGAAUGGUAUGACAGUGGCAACUAUUAUCAAAUCUAUCCACGCUCCUUCCGCGACUCCGAUGGCGAUGGCAUCGGCGAUUUGAAUGGAGUUACUGAGAAGUUGCAGUACCUGAAGGAUAUUGGAUUUACGGCCACAUGGCUAUCGCCUAUCUUCAAGUCUCCAAUGGUGGACUUUGGCUACGAUAUUGCUGACUUUUAUACUAUUCAUCCAGAAUAUGGUACCAUGGAGGACUUUGAGCGUCUAAUUGCCAAGGCUAAAGAGGUGGGCAUUAAGAUUAUUUUGGACUUUGUGCCGAACCACACGAGUGAUCAGUCGGAAUGGUUCACCAAAUCGGUAGAUAGCGAUCCCGAUUAUAAGGAUUUCUACAUUUGGCACGAUGGCAAGAUUAACGAAGAAACUGGUGAACGUGAACCGCCUAGCAAUUGGAUAUCCGAGUUCCGUUACAGCGCCUGGCAAUGGAAUGAUGUGAGGGAGCAGUAUUAUUUGCAUCAGUUUGAGUACCGUCAACCCGAUCUGAAUUACCGCAAUCCCGCUGUGGUCAACGAGAUGAAGAAUGUGAUACGUUUCUGGCUGGCAAAGGGUGUCUCCGGUUUUCGUAUUGAUGCCAUUCCAUAUUUGUUUGAGGUCGAUUUGGAUCGUUAUAAUCAGUAUCCCGAUGAGCCUCUGACCAAUGACACUGAAGCCUGCCCAGAUCCCGAUGAUCAUUGCUAUACCCAGCACAUUUAUACCCAAGAUCAACCUGAGACCCUCGACAUGGUGUAUCAAUGGCGUACACUUGUGGAUGAGUUCCAGGAGGAGUAUGGAGGCGACAAGCGUCUUCUGAUGACAGAGGCCUACACUAGUUUCGACAACAUGAUCAAAUACUAUGGUGAUGGUGUAAGGAAUGGUUCCCAUAUUCCGUUCAAUUUCGAUUUCCUAUCGAAUAUCAAUAAUGCCUCGAAGGCUGGUGACUAUGUGGAGCACAUUGAAAAGUGGAUCAAUAGUAUGCCCGAAGGAGUCUAUGCCAAUUGGGUGCUGGGCAAUCAUGACAAUAAACGUGUGGCCUCUCGUUUUGGAGUGCAACGUACGGAUCUGAUUAACAUUUUGCUGCAAACUCUGCCCGGACAUGCCGUGACCUAUAAUGGGGAAGAAUUGGGCAUGACCGAUGUGUGGAUUAGUUGGGAGGAUACAGUCGAUCCACCCGCAUGUAAUACCGAUCCCGACAGCUACUACGAUCGUUCACGUGAUCCCGCACGUACUCCCUAUCAAUGGGAUGCCUCCAGUCUGACAGGUUUUACCAGUGCCGAUCACACUUGGCUUCCAGUAGCGGAGGACUACAAGACCAACAAUGCGCUGCAACAACUACGUGCUCCUCGUUCACAUUUGCAAAUCUUCAAGAAGUUGGUACGUCUCCGUAAGGAGACUUCGUUCCGUCAGGGAGCUCUCAGCAUUCAGGCCCUUGACGAUGAUGUGAUCAUAUACUCACGUCAAAAGGAGGGUAGCGAUCUUUAUGUGGUCGUCCUUAAUCUGGGUGAUAGUAGCAAAACCAUCGAUCUAACCAAAUAUUAUAGUCUAGGUUCUGAGGCAGAAAUCAUUACCACAUCCCUGAAUUCCCAGUAUAUCGAUGGUGAAAUCAUAAAUCCUUCAUCAUUUAUAGCCAAUGCCUACGUCGGUACAGUCCUUGUAGCUGUUAAUUAAACUUUAAUAACAUAAAACAAUAAAAUACAAACAAUAACAGAAA